UCAUUACGGGGUAUAGUCGAAGUACACGGGACGGGGCAGGGACUUCAACACAACGAGUCGUCAAGAAUAAUAAACCUCUCUCGGGAUAUAAAGGUUAAACAUCACUGAAGCCGAGGAUAAGCAUUAUCUUGCUUCAGACAGAGGACGCCCAUCGUCUUUGUCCUGACUCUCAGGAUGUCUAGUCUGAUGUCACUGUAGUGGCAAGGACACCCCGUUCAGAUCUGCAGACAGUGACUCAGCUGGUUGAUCAACAUGCCUCCUUUAAACCUCAGUCUCAGCUCAAAGCCUCAUUGGCUCGUCUGUCUUCUACUCAGCCUCUCAGCUGUACACACUCACGCCAAAGAUGCUCUCAUCAUACCCCAGCAGGUUAGCCUGUUGCCUAACGUGAAGACGCAGGAGUUGUCUAUAUCCUGGCUCGGAGGAUCAGCAACAACCUUUGACCUCUUAAUCCUAAGAACUGAAUUCAAUGUCACUGUUUUCUAUGAAACAGUGUCUGUGAUGGUGGAUCAGGCGAGCGGUCGGCACCAGUUCAAUUGGACGUCAGCUGAACCACUGGAGUGCACCUCACUGUCCAUCAAAGUCCGAUCCAGGGACGGAGAGAGGACCAGUGACUGGAGCAACACAGAGAUACUUCAAGGAAGUGACGAACCCUCCAAUGGAAAAUUUCGUAUGUACCCACAAGACAAGGUUGUAUCUGUUGGAACCAACACCACCUUCUGUUGCAUAGUGGAGGAGGGGCAGACAUUUCGCAGCAUCCACUACAUCUCCACACUCAUGAAUGUGACGCGACUGAGCAGGCGAACGUACGCCACUACAGUCUUUCAUCAAGGACCGUCGGGCAGCACGGGAAACAAUGCCUACUGUCAAGACACUUCAAGGGAAAAACUGACUGGGACAGUGGUGUUUGUUGGAUAUCCACCACUGCUCACUGACUUUGUGUGUGAAACCCAUGACUUGAGCUCCACUAUUUGCCAGUGGAAUAUAUCGCGUGACACUCACCUCUACGGCAGAAGAGCAACACGAUACUUCAUCAACGGGAGGAGCUGCUCUGAGGUCAAGUGGCAGCAGUCAAGGAAACAGUGCAGUCUGGAGGGGUGGAAGGGUAACUGGACUCUGGUGGCUCAAAAUGUCCUGGGCGAGUACAGCCUGAGUGACUCUGCAGAGCUCAGUUACAGAGUGCAUCCAGUGGCACCAGAGCUCCUGAGUGUUGAUGCCCAUGCCCGGAAUGCCACUGCGCUGUGGGAGUGGAAGUAUAGCAGUUACUCCACUCUUGCACUUGUUUGCCAGAUAGAGCUUAGUUCCACAGAAAACAAAACAAAGCGUACCUUCUCUGGUGUGGGUCUGCGGUCUGUGGUUCUUCUGGACCUGUAUCCUUAUGAAGCAUACAGUGUUAAAGUGCGCUGUGGAGCUCAGCAGAAUUUCUGGAAGUGGGGAAACUGGAGCAAAACUUUUUCCUUCAAAACUAAAAUUGAUGUUCCAGAUGUUCUUGAUGUGUGGGUGUGGAUGAACAAAGACAACACUGGGCAUGUUAUUUGGAAGCCUCUGACACCCAAACAGAGCCAUGGUCCGAUCACUAAUUAUGAAGUGACUAUCUGGAGCCCUGAAGAGAAUGUGCAACACACAGAAAUCAUUUCUCAGAACACUUGGACAGCACCCAUAAACCUCACACGGAUCCCUAACUUUAGCAGUAACAUGAAGGUCAUAGUAACUGUUGUUGCAACAAAUCCAGCUGGGGUGUCACAGCCUGCAAGUGUAAUUAUACCUCGACAUUUUACAGAUGUGGACCUUCUUGCUGCGUCCAAGGUAGCUUAUACAGAUGGAGGGUUUCCUCUGUUCUGGAAGAGUGAUGCGAACAGUAGCUGUGGUUACGUGGUUCAGUGGAAUGAUGCCUUCUGCACACGGGACUGUCCUGUGGAGUGGACCAAAGUGGCACCUGGAAACAACAACAUCUCCAUUGAGUCAAGAAACUUCCAGGCAGGUGUGAGGUACGUCUUCUCUGUGUACAGCUGCUCCACAGAGGCCCCAGAGCUACUGCAGCGCUGGCAGGGAUACAUGCAGGAACUGGUCCCAUCUAGUUCUGUGCAGCUGUCAACCACUCAGCAGAACUCGGACAUUCUCAUCACCUGGGAUGAGAUCCCUCUUGCCAAGAGAAGAGGCUAUCUCCUGGGCUACAAUGUUUAUAUAAGCAAUGGCUCCCAGCUGACACUGCUUGCAAAUUUGUCAGCUCAAGGAAGCAGGAACUACACAGUGAAGGGUCUCUCCAUAGGCUCCUAUAAAUUUACAGUGAAGGCCUACACAUCAGCAGGCGAGGACAGCGGUGGUACUGCGGCUAUAACCAUGGAGCCAUACACUGAUUGGCUGAUCCUGGAAAUUUUGGCAUCUCUGGGAGUCACAGCAUUAUUCCUGGUCAUUGCUACCUUCAUCUGCUAUAAGAAGAGAAAAUGGGUGAAGAGGGCCUUCUAUCCAGAUAUACCUGAGCCCAAGCUGCCCGGUGACUGGUCCAGGACACAGGGGACUCUGGAUGUGAAGCCGUCUCCUCACAGCAUGGUCCAUAUUGUAGAAAAGCCCGGAUUGGAUUCCAGUAAAGAAAUGCUUGUUGUUAUUCCUGAAGAAGAUGAGGAUGAAGAGGGCCAGGGGAUUGGUGACGAGCCAGUCGACACAGAUGAGCCAACGUCGCUACGCUACUAUAACCAAGUGGUGGAUGACCGGCCCAUAAUGCCGCGUUACCCAGACUCCUCUGCUUCUUCUGCAUCUUCUUUGGAUUCUGGUCGCACUGAUGUAACUUACACCGGGAUUCAGACAUCAGGGUCUUCACUGGUCUUCCAGCUGGAUCCACAGGGCACCGCUGAGAACCAACAACCUCAGGCUGGUGCACCUGUCAGCUGCGGAGGUGUAGGAGGGGGUUAUCGACCCCAGAUGCACCCUCAACCCCAAAGUGAUAACCUGGGCCUCACUCCAUCAGAGUCUUUCACAGAGCCUGAGGCUGCAAUUUCUGGUGGCUACAGGCCCCAGGGUGCCUGGCAUCUGGACUCCCCUGAGGAGGCUGAGGAAUGUGGGAGCCUGGCCCCGUCGCUGGGAUCCCCCACCUCCAUUGCUUCCACACAGUUCCUCCUUCCAGAUGGCUCUUCAGAUGAACAUGCAGAGGAGAGACAUCAGACGUCGUCGUCUGCAGCAACUUGGUUCACCAACCUGCUGUCGUCCACAAAACCAUGAUGUCAUGUUUGACUUCAUGCAGCCACGCCAGAGGGUUGCACAGUCCGUAGCAGUACAUUCUUACAGGUGCAGUUCGACAGCAGGCUAGUUAUGCAGUUUAAUGUUGCAAGAGUAUUGCAAACACACAGAAACGCAUUAGAACAUCAGAUAAAAGUAAGCUAGUUUUACAGAUUAAUUUUUAUGCAGAUAUCAUUUCAACAUCUGUUAUACAUAUGUCUAAAAUAUGUAGACUAACCACAAAAAUCUGUCCCUCUCAUUGAAUGCACCCUCUGGCAACCUGAUGGUCUCUUCACUGUCUUCUGUGAGUCCCUCUAAUGGGCAUUGCCAUUGUAUGGCAUGUCGUGUGUUUCACUCAAUAAUAUUUGCUUUUAGUUUUCGUUUUAGAUGUUAUGUUUUGUGAACUUCACUACACUAUAGAAUAAACCUGUAGAAUAUUCAGACAACUGCACAAAAAGAUAGUUGACAUUGUUGGAAGAACACUAGCAAAUUCAGUUAAGCCCAGUUCACACCAAAGAUUUGUAAUGAGACAAACCCCUUAAGAGCAUUUCAGGCAAAUGCUGCUGUGCUGUGAGCGGCUCAGUUAAUUAGUUAUUUAUGAACCGUAGUUCACCAUGAAGUGCAGUAUUGUUAUCCUUUGUUCCCCUGGUUUCUCCUGUCCCGAUAGUUUGUGUUUUUCUGCUCAUCACAGACUACACCAACGUCUCUCAACAACAGAGCUACUGCUGGAAUUUUCUUAACCCUGAUUCAUCAGAAUUCGCUUUCAUUGUCUUCAUUCAUCAUUUAAGAUGCUACAAAAUAUAUCCAGCU